AUGUUACCGGUGUUUUCCUCUAAGUCCACGCCGGCUGUAGGUGUUGUAUCUUCACUGUCAGACUGCCUCCAAUCUCUGCUUUUUGAUGACUCCUCACUGGGAAUGGCAUGGUUUGCCUCUUCCUCCCUUUCUUCAAUCUGGAUUGGCCCCUAUUUGUACGCAACAUCGUCAACCCAAGUCCCCGAUGCAUUCAUCUUGAAGUCUCUAUCAAGGGACGCAUGGAGCAAAGAAUCAAAUUGGAUGGGAUAUGUCGCUGUGGCCACAGACGAAGAGAUGGCUAAGCUGGGAAGGAGAGACAUUGUGGUUUCCUGGAGAGGAACACACCAGGCCUUGGAAUGGGUUAAUGAUUUGCAAAUUCUUCUCGUUUCACCUUCAAAGAUACUUGGAGAGCAAGAUGAUGAUACUAAGGUGCAUCAGGGAUUUCAUUCUAUCUACACUUCAAAUGAUCCAAGAUCACCAUUCACCAAGACUAGUGCUAGAGACCAGAUUCUUGAAGAGGUCAGAAGGCUUGUUGAAGAAUACCAAAAUGAAGAAAUCAGCAUAAUUGUAGUUGGUCGCAGUUUGGGUGCAGCAAUUGCAACCUUAAAUGCAUUUGACAUAGCUGCCAAUGGAUUGAACAUUCCUAGAAACCAACCAGACAAGGCGUGUCCUGUGACUGCCUUUGUGUUUGCUAGCCCAAGAGUUGGUGAUUCAGACUUCAAAAAGGUCUUGUCUGGGCUAAAAAAUCUCCGUGUUCUACGUGUUCGUAAUGCCCUAGAUAUUGUUCCAAAGGUUCCAUUCAUAGGCUACAAAAACGUGGGUGAAAAAUUAGCUAUUGACACUACGAACUCCAUCCUUUAGCAACGUUGCUAUUGGUGUCCAUAUUGUUUUAUUUUUUUUCUCUCUCUAAACAAUAUGUGUAUCAG